AUGCUAGAGUUCAAGCUAGUUCAGGGAAACCGACUGAGGAACGCCGUGGGGCCGCUCCAGCACAUAAGAGGGGUAGCCGCCGUCUUCUGCAAUUCGGAGACCUUGUAUCUACAAGCGUCAGACAUCGACCGUACCAUCGUCGCUCUGCUCCGGUUCCGUUCGGGGUUUUUCAACCGCUAUGUCAUCAACAGGAAGGCAAUGGCCGGCGUCGGAGUCCUUGCUCUGGGCAGUAUACUUGAAACCAUGGAUGACGAAGAUUCCAUCACUGUUCGCGCUGAUUGUCGCUCUAACAUCAUCGACUUCACUUUCGAAGAUGUUGAAACUCAUGAGACUAGAAACACGUCUGCGGACAUCGUUAAUAUCCCCCGUGAUCAUGUCGAAUUUGAUGACUCAAGCUACGAAUACGAAGUGGUAGUCGGGGUGCCAUCCGCGGAGUUCAGAAGAAUUUUUGCGAGCUUGAGGAACUCUGGUCCAGGAGGAGGUAGUGAUAAUAUCGAACUAAAAUAUACUACGAUUAUAUGUCAGAUUUUGUUGACACAUUGGUUUGAACUAGUUUUUGACCUAUUUGCAAAACUGGACAACUAG